AAUAACAAUUACACCCAGUCAGGAAAAUAAAUCAAAAUUUCAUAUAAUGCACUAAAAGUUUUAACCCGUAUUUAGUGGACAAAAGGGAUAAAAUUUAGGGUAAAAGUCGGACACUAACAUUUUUUUCGGCAUUUUCUGAAGAGAUGUUUACAGAUUUUUACAUAUUUUGCAUUAAUUUCAGACAUUAAACCAAAAGCGAAAGAAUAAAAUGCAAAAAUGAUAUGGUUAAUAGCAGCUGGGGUAGUGGCGUUUUUUUUAUGGUAUAGUUUCAUUUGGCCUUUAAAUCAUUUUACACGAUUGGGCGUUAAACAAACAAAACCAUGGCCAUUGUUUGGAGAUUCUUGGCCCUCUAUAUUCAAAGUGAAAAGUGUGAGCGAACAUAUAUCAUGGAUUUAUAAUAUGCACCCUGAUACCCGAUAUACUGGAUUUUUCCAAUUUGCAACACCUUCGAUAAUGCUAAGAGAUCCACAAUUGAUUAAGCAAAUAACAGUCAAAGAUUUUGACCAUUUCACUGAUCACAGAAAGAUUGUUGAACCUGAAUCAGAUCCAAUUUGGAGUGGGAAUUUAUUUGCUUUAAGAGGAGCGAAAUGGAGGGAAAUGAGAGCAACCUUAAGUGGAUCUUUUACUAGUAGCAAAAUGAAGCAUAUGUUUGAUGUAAUAAACGAAACUGCUGAAAAUUUCUCAAAACAUUUUGCAAGUAAAAAUGAGAAAUUUUUUGAACUUGAAUUUAAAGAUGUGUUUACAAAGUACACGAAUGACAUAAUUGCCACAUCAGCAUUUGGAAUCCAAGUAAACUCUUUAGCAGACCCCAAAAAUACAUUUUAUACCAUGGGCGAAACAAUAACUGAUUUAAGUGGUUUCCUAAACACACUUAGGUUUAUUACCCUAACGUCAAUGCCUACAUUGGCCAAGUACCUCAGAUUAACCCUAUUUCCAAGAAAUCCAGUAUGCUACUUUCGAGUCAUAAUACACGAUACAAUCAAAGUUAGGAUUCAAAAAAGCAUUGUCAGGAAAGAUAUGCUGAAUCUGCUUUUGGAUACACGAAAAGGCAUCACUAAUGAAGAAGAAGGAGUUGUCGAAACAGGUUUUGCCACCGUCAAAGAAUUUUCUUCUACAAAUAAACCAAAAGCCAAGGAAUUCAAGUAUUUAAGUGAUGAUGAUAUUACAUCACAAGCAUUAAUUUUCUUCUUUGCUGGUUUCGAUACGGUAUCAACUGCCUUGUGUUUUGUUACUUCCGAAAUUGCAAUAAACCCAGAUAUUCAAGAGAGGCUCAGGGAAGAAAUUAUCGAGACACAACAAGCUAAUAAUGGAAAGCUGUCAUAUGAUGCAUUACUGAAAAUGAAAUACAUGGAUAUGGUGUUUUCUGAGGGACUUAGAAAAUGGCCGCCGGCUCCAAGCAUUGACAGAGCAUGUACUAAAUCAUACACAAUUCAACCUGUCCGUCCCGAUGAAAAACCCGUUCACCUGAAGCCUGGAGACGUGCUGAUGCUUCCCAUUAUGGGCCUUCAUCGAGAUCCACGUUACUAUGAAAAUCCGGAGACAUUCGAUCCCGAACGAUUUUCCCACGAAAAUAAGGACAAGAUUAGACCCUACACAUAUAUUCCAUUCGGUUCAGGUCCGAGAAACUGUAUUGGUUCUAGGUUCGCUAUUCUUGAAGCAAAAGCUGUUUUAUACCAUUUGUUGCUGAAUUUCAAAAUUGAGCCAACAAAGCGUCUCAGUGUGCCAUUGAAACUUUCCAAAAAAACAUUUAGAAACACUGUAGAGGGCGGUUUCUGGUUGAGACUGAGAAAAAUUCAAAUCUGAGCAGGAUCAUUUUCAUAAAUAUAAAUAUUUUUAGGUUUUUAGUGUAUACAGUAUAUAUAUAUAUUUAGUAUAGUUAGCUUUUUGUAUUAUGUAUUUGAUAAUAAAAUAUUAUGUAUCAUAAAUACAUGUGAUUUGAGGUUAA